CCCUCAUGAGAGGGGAAGGAUGGUAACCUGCCCCCUAGGGUGGUCUUGGCGGCAGUGCGGACCUCUGUCCUUGUGCACACUCACAAGAGAGAACACGUGUCACACCAAGGGGUGUGGGGGAUGUGCCAUGGCUGGGCGCACACACACACACACACACACACACACACACACACCCCUGAGCUCUGAAACUGGCCUUUCUUACAAACAAGAAUAGACCCAUUAGGAAGAAUGAGGAAGGAAAUACCUUCUGGGAACUCUGUCUGAGCCAGGGGACCCCCGGCACUAGAAACUUUAGGAAACCAACUUGAUUGAAAUACCGAUUACCUGGCGGGGGUGCUCAGCCCCUUCCCUGCCGCCAUCCGUGGAGAGCAAGAUCCCAGGACCCAGAGGCCCCGAGUGAUGCCAUGGAAACGUGAGCUGAGGUUCGGAGCCCCUGAGCACCGAGCAGGGCUGGGCAGCGGGGCCUCGAGCCCCUUGUCCAAUCCAAGUCUUUGAGACAACUGGCAGGGAUUUCUGGAACCUCCUCAGACGCUGUGAUGAGCAGCCACAGGAAAACCGACUUUGAUUCAGUGUGUUUGAGCUGAUUGUGACUUCACACGCAGAGCUCAGCGCUGGACCACUGAUUCUGACACACAGGCUGCAAGCACAGCGGGCUGCCCGCUCAUUUCCCAGCCAGCAAGCAGGGUUCUGGGCCGAAGGCCGAGUUACCUAUACCUUGCUUUACAUAAUAAAGGUGUCCCUAAGCGGGGCUGAAACUUGAACUUUGUGGCUAGAGCUCUCAGGGGGAACAUUGUUCAAAGGGCUAAUUCUGAAAGGAUGCCUUUCUGUAAAGUGAAGAAUUCCCCCCAACUUCACCUCUUAGAGGCAUCCUAAGUCCUGCCUUGGCUUGUCCAGAAUGGAGAGCAGCUGCACCUGCUGGUGGAUGCUUCCCGCGAGGGCUGCCCCCUGACCUUGAGGGACCCACAUGUCCACACCCGGGACCGGCCUCUCCCUCCUGCCCCUCUGGUGUCCCAGGCACUGGGCUGUGCGGCUGUGAGCAGUCCCUUGCCUUUUCUGGGCCUGGAUGUCCUCAUCUGUGACGGAACCACUGAGCAGAGGACCUGUAAGGGCCCUUCCUGCUCCGGGGACGGCACGGUCCCAGCCUCCCACUAUCUGUGCUCUAGUCUGUGACAGGCGGAGGCUGGAUGGGGGCCCAGAGCAAAGGCCCUAUAAUUUGGGGAACCAUCAACUCCCACCCUCCAGGCACGGGAGGACCUCAAACUGAAGUUCCCCAAGCAGGUGCCAAGUGACAGUGGUGCGGCCCCCUGACGCUCCUGGCCAGAAGCACCGGGGGCGUGUUUCCGGGGUUGGAAUCUGGUGAGGCCAGAGAUAGAGAAGCGAUUGGAAACCGCAGGGUACACUUAUGCCAGCAGUUUGGAAAGUCGUGCUAGAUCCAGCUUUUGCUGCUGAGCAGCAGCAAGCCCCGCCAGUUUGGGGGUGGGCUGGCAGGGGGCCUGGGCUGGGUUUGCUGGCUCGCAUACCUUUCCCACCAGGACCCCCCAUCACUGGGGAGGAUCCCAGGAAACAUUCACCUGGGAAGAGCCGGGCUAAAAAUAGCAGGGAGCGGAGGGGGGCGAAGUUGGUAACCGAAGCUGCCGGGCGCCCGGGGGCCGACCCGCGGGCCGCCCAGCGCUGGGCGGAGGGCCCGCCGCAGCACCCAGCCGGCCGCCGGGAGCUUGUUUGGCGAGGACUUGGCCCGCGCGGCCCGACCUGGGAAGCGGGUGGAGGUUGCUUUCGUCCUCUCCCCACCCCGCCCGGGAGGGGCAGAGCGCUGCGCGGCCCGGGCGGGCCUGCGGUCAGGGAUGAGGACUGCGCCUCCGCGCCGUAGAGCGCUGCGCGCGGGCCGGGCGCCGGCGGCCGCGGCUGCCGUUCCGGGAGCUCGUUUGCAUCCGCCAGCGCGGCGAGCGGCGCGGGGCCCUCGGAGCAGGAGCCAAGAAGCCCCUAUCCCCACGGCGGCUGCGGCGACCACCUGAGGGCCGACGCCCAGGCUGCAGUCAGGACCAUGAGGGCCGGCUUCUCCCGGGUCCCCCAAGGGCCGAGGAUGGCCGUCCAGCCCACUUCCCGCAGCCCCCCUCGGACCACAGCAUCCUCCUAGCACCCGGGACGGAGGGGCCAUGCCUGGGGAGCAGCCCCUCGGAGCGCCACCCCCAACCAUGACUGGAGACCUGCAGCCCUGCCCAGCAGCCAGCGGCACAGGGGGCUCCCCGAAAUGCCCUGCGGAGAUCGGUGUCCUGGCCGGCAGGACCUCCAAGGCCGUGGGCGGCGGAACCCAGGGCACAGAUGCCCCCAAGACCCAGGUGCGGCCCGCUGGGAGGGUGGGGGGCAGGGCCCCGCUCCCCAGCACCCAGUGCCUGAGCAGCACCCUCGCGAAGGGCAGCAGGCCCCGGGCCCCCGCCGGGAGGAGCCUCGCGCUGGCUCGAGCUCGGCAGGCGGGCAGGGCGGACGGCGGCGCCCCGCAGCCCCACAGUCUGAGCAUCGCCGGCUCAAGGCCCAGACCUGCCAUGGACGAGAAGACCCUCGAGGGCGCUCGGCCCCCCGACGCGGAGGUGCCCCUGGGCCCUGGAGCCGACGCCUGUCUCAGGCCGGGCCAGCCCCGGGCCCGGGCCUUGCCUGCUCCAGACGAGCUCAGCUUCCAAAAGUGCUUCCAGGAGACCCCCUCCAGCUUUACCUCCACCAACUAUACCUCACCGAGCGCCACCCCGGGGCCCCCGCCCCUCAGGGCCCCCCAGAGCAGCGGCGCCAGCCCCGGCCGGCCAGCCGCCUACCCAGAGUUCCAGGCCAGUGAGGCCGUCGCCUGGCCACCCUCGGCCGACAGCAGUUUCCCAGGUGCUCGUUUGGGGGCGGCCCCCGCUGAGCCGGAGCCCUUCCCCGAAGGCGGCAGCCCCGGGGUGCUGGCCUUCCAGUUUCCCUUCCCGGAGCUGCCCGCGGCCGGCCCCAGGCCCUUCCCCGAGGACGCGACCGGGCCGGAGGACGCCAAGAGGGCGCUGGUGUUUGCCUUCCACCAGCCUCGGGGUGUGUGGCUGGAGGAGCCGGUGGGCACGGGCCAGUCCUACCCCCUGCCCACCCGGCCGGCUCCCCCACCCCCACCCUGCUACCCAGGCCAACCAGGUGGCCUUGACCCCCCCGGCGACCUCGGCAGUGCGCUUGCCCCUCCUGGUGCUGCGCCCCCGGCCCCUGGCCCCUUCUCAGAGAGCACGGCCACUUUCCAGGACGGCCUGCGCGAGAGCGUGACCAAAGUGCUCCCCGAGAAGCCCCUUUCGGUCCGUGAUGGGGUGGGGAGCCCCAGGGCACCCCCAAACUCUCUGCCCCAGAGGCACUUUGCCAGGCAGGCAUAUGGAAGCCCCGCCGCCAGCCGGGUGGGCUCCAGCCCAGGGUCUCGGGACACAGAGCUGGCUGCCUCAGGGCCCCCCAGCACCAGACUGCCCCAGCUAUGGGACCCCACCCCAGCCCCUUAUCCCACUGCUGUCCUGGGCCCCCCAGCCUCUGCCACGAGUGCCUUCUUUGAAACGCAGCCCAGCUCAGGCCAGCGGCUCAGCCUCCCCCAGAGUCCCCCAGUGCCCUGGCCCCCGGUACUCCCGGCCAGUGGGCCUAGCCCCCACCAAAUGGAGAUGAUGAACCAGCUGCCUUUCCCCCCAGGGGUCCCCGAGUGGCAGGGGGGCAACCAGGGGGCCCUGGGAGCUGCCAGCAAGACACCAGGGCCGGGGGAGAAGCUGGCGGUCCUGAGAAACAGCCCGGGCCAGCACAGCGGUGGCUCCCCCGGGCUGUUCACCUACAACGGCCUGAAGGACCCCGGAGCCCAGCCCCUGUUCUUUGGGGUGGCCCCACCCCAGGCCUCACCCCGGGGCACCCCCGGUCUGCCCCCACCCAGGGUGGUGGGAGCCUCGCCCAGUGAGUCCCCGCUGCCCUCUCCAGCCACCCACACCGCCAGCAGCAGCACCUGCUCGUCACUGUCCCCACUGUCCAGCAGCCCAGCCAACCCCAGCUCAGAGGAGAGCCAGCUCCCUGGGCCACUCGGGCCCUCCGCCUUCUUCCUCCCGCCCGCCCACCCCCAGGAGACUGGCAGCCCCUUCCCGUCCCCAGAGCCCUCUCAUGCCCUCCCACUCCACUGCCAGCCUGAGCUAGCCAAGGGCUUCCCUUUCUGCACCGAGGGGCUGGAGGCCGAGGGCGCCUUCAAGUGCCUGGAGGAGACGCCGUUCCCCAGCUCAGGCCUUGAGGUGGGCAGCGGGCGGCUGGAAGGCUUCCCCCAGGAGCCACCCCCCUACUCCGCCCACCACUUCCCCCUCAGCAGCGCCAGCCUGGACCAGCUGGAUGUGCUGCUCACCUGCCGGCAGUGUGACCGGAACUACAGCAGCCUGGCUGCCUUCCUGGGGCACCGGCAGUUCUGCAGCCUGCUGCUGGCCAAGGCCAAGGAUGGCCACCAGCAGCCCCCGGGGCUCCCUGCGCCCCCUGCCGCCCCCUCCACACAAGCUGCCCCCAAAGCACCGGUCGCGGGGGGCCCGAGCCCACUGAGCCACACCAAGACAGCCCCUCUCCUGCUGGGGGCGGACAUCCGGCCAGAGGGCAAAGACGAGCCCCUGAGGACGAGUUUCCUGCCCGGCCUGGCCACCGCCCCCUUCCCACUCCCCGCGGCAGACCUGGACCUGGAGGACGCCGCCAAGCUGGACAGCCUCAUCACGGAGGCGCUCAACGGCCUGGAGUACCAGUCGGACAACCCCGAGAUCGACAGCAGCUUCAUCGACGUCUUCACGGAUGAAGAGCCUUCGGGCCCCAGGGCCCCUGCCGUUGGGCAGCCCCCCAAGACCAGAGUGGGGGCAGUGCCAGAGAACAAAGCCCAGCCCCCGCUCCCAGCUACGGAUGCCCUGCUGGCACCCCAGCCCCUCCGCCCUGGGGAGGGGGCCGGCCCCAGGCCCAAAACCCGCUCCCUGGGCCCAGCACCCACAGAGGCAGACGGGCCGGGCCUGGCCAGUCAGCAGAGGAGAGGAAAGCGGUUUAAGCUGUUCCAGAAAGAGCUGGACCCGGCCCACACAGCCAAGAGGCCAGGCAGGGGCACCAGAGCCACCCGGCUGAGGCCCAGGAGGAAGGGCGGCCGGGCCGAGCCGCCCCCACCCCGCCCCCGGGACCUCAGAACCCAGGCCCCCAAGAGCCGCGCAGACGCAGCUGGACGGGCCCUCCUGGUGGAGACUAGGAGUUCCAAGCGCCUGCGACUGUCCCCUGGCCAGGACCCCAGGCGGGGGAGGGCGCGGGGCGGCGCCUGGAGCAAGGAGUUCAUCCAGAAGAUCGUGCAGCAGAAGAACCGGGCUCGAAAGCCGCAGGGGCCGCCCGGGCCAGCCGCGGGCAGCAGGGGCAGCGGGCUCCGGGAGUGCCACUGCGCCUCGGAGUCGGAGGAGGAGGACGGCCCGCGGCCCAGGGGCUCCCGCUGCAGAGGCCGGCCCCGCCCCAGCGGCCGGAGGUGGCGCCGGGGCGAGAAGAGGAAGGAGGUGGACUUGGCCCCAGGUGCCAGAGAGGACGGACAGCAGCAGAAGCCCAGGAAGGUCGUGAGGCAGGAAGCCGCAAGGCACGGGGGCUGCCCGGGCCCCGAGGAGCUGGGCAGGCCCUGGCCCAGCCCCAUCGAGAGGCCCGAGGCCCAGGGCCCAUCACAUGGCCCCGAGGAGAGACGCCCCCAGCAUCGUCCGCAGGUUCUCACCGGCGCUGAGACCCCGGAGAAAGAGCAGGUGUCUCCGGACGACCUCCAAGACGCCGACCACCCUGAAAUGGCCAAACGUCUCUCCCUCGACACCACCGACCUUGGCAGAGGGACGCCGAGCUCCUCUCCAGGCACCUGUGGGGGAGGAGGCGCCCACCCCCCAGCCCCAGAGCCACCGCAGCCCAGCAGGCGGGACGCCGUGCUGCCCCUUGAGAGCUCAGCCACGCUUGGUGCCCCCCGGUGCUCGGAGCCGGCCGUCUCCCUGGACGGACAGGAGCGCCCAGCCGCCCCGCCCGGAGAAGCCCCGGUGCCCGUUGCUGACGCCGCCGACACGGCCCACCCCGAACCCCACGCCCUCUUUUUGAGGACCCCCAGUCUCGGCUGUGAUCCUGUUCUCAUUCACGGAGACUCCUUGGGGGUUCCAGCUGCCCCAAAGGGGCCUCACCCCCACAGCAGGCCCCCCAACAAAUCGUUCCUCAGCUCCAAAGGCUUGGCAGGCUUUUUCCACGAAGACCUGUGCUCCCAGCCCUCAGCCCCAGACAGCCUGCCUGCCAGCCGGCCUCGCCUCUGCCAGGACGGCGCGGAUGCCAGGUCCCGAGAGCCAGCGCCCCCGGGGGAGCCACCCUACACGGUCGUCAUGAGUCCGGGCAAAGCCGAGUCGCCGCUGGCCCUGGAGCCCACAGCCCUCUUCUCGGGGCUGCCCACGGACAGCUUCCACCUGCCGAUCUACAGCAGCCCGUCUGGGGGCCGGGAUAGCCCCGUGCCGCGGGCCUGUGCCCCCCCUCCGCCAAGGACAGCCCACAUAGACGCACCAGGCACCGCGUUCCCGCCCGAGAAGGGCUGGUCUGUGCUGGAGGAGGGGCGUCCAGUGCUGCCCAGUCACCCAGGCCCUUAUCCCGGCCUCUCCGAGGAAACGGCGUCUGGUCAGGAGUGUCCCAAGGAAGCGGCCACAGCCGCCGACCUCCCCGCCGCGCCGGGCGAGGUGGCGGCCUGUAGCAGCGCUUUCGCCGGCCAGCUGUCUGAGGAUGAGCUGGAGAUCAAAAAGCUGGUCACCGAGCUGGAGAGUCAGCUGCAAAGCAGGGGUGCACCGGAGGCCCCCGGACGGCAGCCAGGAGCCCGUGUCGCCCGUCCUGGGGGGCUGAGCCCACACCCAGAAGGGGUGGGAGCGGCCGGGGCCACUCCUGGGAGUGCUCUGGGGAGCCCCCAGGAGGAGUGGCCCCCCUUCCACCUGGGAGAAGCAGCCCUGCCCUCCGGCACCCACAAAGACGUGGUUUCUGGGGGUCCUUUCAGCCCCAUUGGGGCCAGCCUCAGCUGCCAGCCGCUGCAAAGAACGAGAGUAUGUAAGACGGGGCUGCCAAGGGCAGAAGGGGACCUAGGAACCCCCUGCUCACCAGAGCCCAGAGACUCCCUCACAGCCCCCCGCAGCCCCAAGCCGGAGCCUUCACUUGCUCAGAACAAGGGGGCCGCCGGCACACAGCACGGCCAGGACCUCGCGCUGCUCCCUCCCUGCGCACGGAGAGGGGGGCUUUCCCCAGGAUCCUGCCGAGAGAGCCCGGAGCUGGAAGCAUUCAGCAGCCCUGUCGCCCCUCUGGCACCUGGCUUGGCAUGUCAGGGUGCCACCCCCCCUUCUGGUGCCAGUCACAGCCAUGCCCCCGAGGGACACUCUGUGAGUAGCACAGCUGGACUGGAAGGAGCAGGGCCUCUCUGCCUCGUGGCAGGGGACCUUGGCCUUGAGGGUAACGAGGUGUGUGUAACCUCAGGGGCCUCCCCGAGUCACGCCUGCAUGCCCGACCCCAGCCCCGACAGGAGGCCCCAGGGCCCAGCCGCGAGCCCCCUUCAUCAGCUCCAGCUCCUGGUGGCCAGAGCAGCUGAGAGGGAAGACAACACGCUGGCCUUACAGGGAGCCCCGCCGGCUGACACCCAGAGCCUUCAGCACAGCCACCCCUCAGACCUGGGAGGAGACGGCACGGAAGUCGGGGAAGCGGCUUACAGGCCUGCCCGCGGCUUCCCAAGGACUAUGCGGAUGACAGCUGCCCCUGCUGGGGCCAGACGUCACCUGGGGCCAGAGGGAGAAGGACAGCUGUGCUCACUCGGCCAGGCUGAGAAGCCCGCGGGCCAAGUUGAAGCCAGCCAGCGGCAGCGAGAGGGCCAAGGGAGGCCAGAGUUGCUGCGCGACCUUGCCGCAGCCAGCGCCCACCCCGAAACCACAGCGGCCAGGCUCGCGGGAGCUGCAGACCGGCCGGGGGGGCAGCUCCAGGGCAGCAGGGCAGCCGUGGGCCUUUGGAAUGAGGCACAGGCCACCCCAAGCCCCACCGGCUCUGAGGCAGGAUCUUCCAGCCCAGCCUCGCCAGCAGCUCACCCCCGACACAGUCCUGGCCCCCACACUCGGGAGCGGGCCAGCGGCCCCAGGCUUCAGAAGCCUCUGCUGUUCGCUGCGGAGAGCCCAGCACCCCCGCUCAGGGACCUGGCCAGCUGCACCUCCACCCCCACUGCUGCAGCCACCCCCCAUCCCCGCGGCCUCGAGCCCCCGCCCCAGGAAGACGCGCCCACAGCACCUGCAGCGGAGCCAGGGGGGCAGCCCCCAGCGUCUCCAUCCUGCAGGGACCCUACCAGCUUGCAACCUCCAGCAGCCCCUUCUCCUGCCCAGGCUGCUCCAAAAAGGGCUGACUGCACCCCAGCCCCGACAGACGCUGGGGCGCCGCCUGCAGUGCCCCCACCUCUGAGGACAAGCCUCUGUGGCCUGUCCAAGGGAAGCCUGGCUCCCUGCCCUCUCCUGGGGAACUGUCGCCCCCUGGAAGACCCUCCCCAGGGCCAGCCCGGCUUCAUCAGUGUCCUCACUCCUGCCUUUGGAGGGGACCGCCCUGGAGGUCACAUGUCGAGAACCCUGGAGGGUUCCGGAAGAAUCAGGCCAAGAGAAGCUCCUGCCUGUGCCACCCGUCCCCCCACAGCGAGGGCCGUCUCCCCGAAGGAGACGGUCGAGGCGGCUGCCCUGCCCCGCACUCCCACCACAGGUGGCCUCGGGGCGGUCAGAGGCCCCAGGGCGGCGUGGCCAGACCCCAAGGCAGCACCGCCCAACUCCCCCCCCAGUGGGAUCACCACGGGCCCCUCCUCAGAGUCUUCAGGCAACAGGGAAGGCCAGGGUGUCACCGCUGUGCCCACUGACCCUCCUCCACAGGGGCCCUCAGGGCCAGACCCCCACUCCUGCCCGGAAGGCGAAGCCUCGGCCAGCCUCCAGGGACAGGAGGGCGUGGAGGUGCCAUCCGGCGUGACCAAGAUGUCCGAAGCCAACACCAGAGGUCUGCCGGUCACCCGCCCUUCGGCAGAGCUCGGCCCAGGCGGAGCAACUCCGAGCAGCAGAGCCGGUGACUCCAGACCCUGCUCCCCGCAAAGCCUCGGAGACAGCCUCUACCUGAGACCCCAGGGGCACUCUCUCGGGCCCCAGGACGCCAGGCAGAAGCCUCGCGGCUUGAAAAAGGAGCCCGUGGUCACCGAGAACGGGCACUGGAGGGACAGCGCCCCCAGCGGGCAGCCCGUGACCUGCGAGGUCUGCUGGGCCUCCUUCCGCUCCGGGCCAGGACUGAGCCGACACAGAGCCAGGAAGCAUGGGCUGCACAGGGGUGCUGCCUCCCAGCCAAGCCCCCCGGCCCCACCUGCUCCCCCGACCGGGGAGCCCGCGGCCCAGACAGGCCACCCCCCUGGGAAGAAGAGCCGCAGGGCGCCGGGAAAGGAGAAGCUGAGGCACUUGGCGAGAGACCUCAGCCAGGCCGUCGGGCCGCCACCGCCGCCUCCAGUUCGCAUCUCCGUCUCCGUGGCUUCUGCACACGCCGCGAGUCCUGAGCGGUCCCGGGGGCUGAGACGGGGACCCAGCGUCCUGGGAGCGCCAGGCUGUCCCCUCAGCCAGGAACCGCACCCCCCGGGCCUGGGCAAGCACGGGGUGGACGUGCAGCCUGCAGAGCCCAGGAAACGGGACCGGCUGGAGAGGGCUGGGCCCCAUCCCAAGCAGGCGGAGAAGGGCGGGGGCCAGAGGCGGGGCCGACCACCCGCAGACCCCCCCAGCCAGCCAGAGGGGAGAUCCAACAGGAAAGCCAGGAGGAAGCCGAGAGCCAGAAGGCCCCGAGAGGAGGGCGGCCCCCAGGCCCCUCCUGAUGUGACUUCCGAGAGCAGCGGCUGGAACCCCUCAGCUGCCAUCGUCGUCUCCGUGGCCCCUCUGAGCGGCCGCCUCUCCCCGGAGACUGAGCAGGAGACCCGAGCCACGCAGCUGCCUCUCACGGCCACAGAGCUAGAGGGGACGCCCGCCCGGAAGUCACCUGGGGACUGGGUGGCCUCUCCAGGGAUGGUGGAGGGGGUGUCUCCUGGGGAAGAGCCAGGGGGGCGGACGGCAGCCUUGGCAAGAGGGUCCUGGAGGCCCAGAGAGACCAGGAUGUCCGGCGUCGGCAAAGAGCCAUCAAGGGCGGCUGGGGGCGGCCCCACAGGGGACGGCAGAGCGGCUGAGAGCGGCCCGGAGCAAGAUGGCCGGGAGGGGCCCCCCGAGACUCAUGGUUCUGAGGCAGGCGGCUCCAUCAGCAGUUGCUUCCAGGGUCUCCUGCACAGCCCGGGAGACAGGGCCCAAGGACCGGUGGGCACUGCUGCUGGAGUCCCCAGCCCCCGUCUCCAGGACCCUCUGAGCUUGUUUGACGACGAGGCCGCCUUUUCCCAGCUUUUCCCUCUGGGUGGCCGCCUGGCUCAGAAGAAGCAGCCCCGUGUCUACGGGAAGCGCUGUAAAAAGCCGAAGCCCCCAGCCCGGCCCGAACCCAGCGGCCAGGUUGGGGGCGGUGCCCUGUCCUCUGCCCGCCUGCCCACAGACCUCAGCGACUCCGGCUCGCUCUGCCUGUCCCACGAGGACCCAUGGGGUGAUGAGGCCACAGGUGUGCCUGAGUCCUUCCUCCUGGAGGGCUUUCUCAGCAGCAAGGUGCCUGGCAUUGACCCCUGGGCCCCGGGCCCCAGCCUGUGGACCCUGGAGCCUGAGGCCGAGGCCAACCCCUGCCACACGGAGGACCACCGGUCCGAUAACAUCCCGGAGCUGCACAUGGUCCCGGCGGCUUGGCGAGGCCUGGAGAUGCAGCCCCCCACUGACGAGGCCACCUCCUCUCCAGGAGACGCGAGCCCUGAGCCCCCCAACCUGGAGCGAGAGCACUACGACCUUGGGGUCCCCGGGAGCACGGUGGAUCUGGAGACUCUGGGUGCCAAGCUGGAGAUGCAGAACCUGUGCUUCCUGGGACCCAGGGAAGACCCUGCAGGUCUCCCCGGCGGCAGCGUCUUGGACCUCCAGGCCACGGCCAGUUCCCAGGACCCACGGAGCAGCACAGAGGAAGCAGCCAGGGCCAGCAAGGCCCCAGGAGGAGGCCAGCAGGCCAAGGCCGGGAGGGCGUCCUACAAGUGCAGGGUGUGCUUCCAGCGCUUCCACGGACUGGGCGAGCUGGACCUCCACAAGCUGGCCCACAGCCCCUCACCGCCCCCCACCUGCUACAUGUGCGUGGAGCGCAGGUUCGGCUCCCGGGAGCUGCUGCGGGAGCACCUGCAGGAGAAGCACGUGCAGAGCAAGGCGGGGCUGUGGGCCUGCGGCAUGUGCCUGCGGGAGGUCGCGGACGUCUGGAUGUACAACGAGCACCUGCGGGAGCACGCAGUGCGGUUCGCCCGCAAGGGGCAGGCGCGGAGGUCCUUCGGGGACCUGCCCGGAUGCUGGGAGGGGGACAGCGUGGUUCCACGCUUCCUGAGCGGCAUCGCGGAACAAGCCUCCAAACCCCACAAGGGUAAGCGCUCCACCAGCAAGGCGGACGGGGGGCCCGCAGAGGCAGCGGAGCAAGACCUGGGAGCUGGGAGAGGAUGCCCCAGGGAGAGGCCGAGACCCAAGGCCCGCGAGGAGAGUUCCGACCCACAUGGCGCCGGCAGCCCGGCAGCCUGCGCCAACCCCGCGCCGCUUGGCGCUGCCUCAUCCCCUGACGCCUGUCCCGACGGCGAGCCCCUCCUCCCAGCCGUCGCGGUGCACCAGGACUGCAAGGACCCCGCCCGCGAUUGCCACCACUGCGGGAAGCGGUUCCCCAAGCCGUUCAAGCUGCAGCGCCACCUGGCGGUGCACAGCCCGCAGCGCGUCUACCUGUGCCCCCAGUGCCCGCGAGUCUACCCUGAGCACCGGGAGCUGCGCGCGCACCUGGACGGCGAGCACGGGCUGAGCGGGGAGCUGGAGCUGCAGCACACCCCGCUCUACGCCUGCGAGCUGUGCGCCAACGUCACGCACAUCAGCAAGCGGUCCUUCGUCUGCAGCUCCUGCAACUACACCUUCGCCAAAAAGGAGCAGUUCGACCGGCACAUGGACAAGCACCGGAGGAGGGGGCAGCAGCCCUUCACCUUCCGAGGCGUGCGGAGGCCCGGCGCCCCUGGUCAGAAGGCCUCGGCCCGCGAGAGCUCGCUGCCCAGCAAACGGCGCAGGGUGGCGGUGGCCAGCAGCCCCCGCAGGUCCGACGUGUCCCUGUGCAGCAGCCCUGCCCUGAGCGAAGGGUCCCUCUCAGCCCGGCUCCAGCCCUGCCCGGAAGCAGCUCCCAGCGCCACCGCAGAGCAGCCUAGGACCCCGGAGAGGCCCAUAGACCCUGUGGGCCACCCGGUCAGGGACGGAGAUCUGCCCUCUGACCUCCUGCCUCUGUCUCUCGCUCCUUUCCCAGUGGCCUCUCCUGAUGGCAAGGAGGGCCACAAGCUGGACCAGGCCCUAGAGAGCUCCGAGGACCUGGGCAGCCCUGGGCCCUUCCUCCAGCAGGCUCUCCCACUGGGGGGCUGUCUGCCCCGCCCAGGGGCCAGAGGCCAAGACGACGAAGGAAAAGGGGCUGCCAGCCCAUCCUCGGAGAAGCCCCGGACCCCCAGUGCACCUGGCAAACGUGCCCCCGGCCAUCGCCCGGAAGCCCCCUCCCUGCUCUGGGAGGAGAAGCAGGGGUCCACCAGUCCCAUGGUGCUGGUGGGGGGUACGGGAGGCCCCUCCCACAGAGGCAGUGCCACCAAGCCUGGGGGCGGCCGGGGCUCAUCAAAGGACAGACCAGCCUCAUCCUCACCCAGCAGAGCGCCCAGGUUCCCAGGACCACUGAAGAAGGCGGUGGCCAGCCCGACACCCAGAGAGCUAGCCCACGGCACUGAGGACGGGCCGAAGCCCGCCACCCGCAAAGCCAAGCCAGGCCCCAGCUCCCAGAGUGCUGGAGGCCCCCAGCAGGGCACCAAGACGGCGGGCGGCAGCCAGCCCCAGCCGGCCAGCGGGCAGCUCCAAAGUGAGACAGCCACCACCCCAGCCAAGCCCAACUGCCCGGGCCAGGGCCCCGCCCCAGCCAAGGGCUACCCCAAGGGACCAAGGGAAGCUGGUGACCAGGGGCCAAAACGGAGCCUGGGCUCCAGGGAGGACAGGGACAUGAGUGAGAAGACAAGAAAGGGCCGGGCCCUGGGGCCAACCAGGAAUGAAGCCGCGGGGAGCCUGGGGAGAGGCCCCUCGGUCCCUGACAGACCCGCCCGGACUCCCCGAAAGCAGGCCACUCCCAGCCGUGUGCUCCCUGCCAAGCCCAGGCCCAGCAGCCAGAACAGUGAGACGCCCCCCCAGCCCUCGGAGCUGCGGAAAGGGGAGCCCAGCCACAUCCAGGGGGUCGGCAGGCGCGGCAAGGAGGGGCUGGGCAAGACCCUCCCCCAGGCAAGACCCCUGCACAGGCCCCCCAGGAGGGGCGGGGCUGUCCACGGUGCUGAACUGGCCACCUCCCGGGCCUGCAGGACAGCCGAGUCCCAGAACCACCUCCUCAGCCAGCUCUUUGGGCAGAGACUAACCAGCUUCAAGAUCCCUUUAAAGAAGGACUCUUGCGAGUAACGUGUCGGAGCAGCGAGGGCCUGGGAGCCGUGUCUCACGCGGCAGCGGGAUCCCCAGGAGGCUCUGAGGCGCUCCAGUCCUUGGAGAGUUUGCCUGGUGGCCAUGUCUUAAUCCCCCGACUUACCAGGCCCGCGCCUAGACUUAGGGUUUAGAGCUGCGGAUCCAAUGCUUUGAGCAGGGCCCGGAGUGGACAGCAGUCCCUUUCUAGCUGGCAGGUGGGUGUGAGGGGCGGGCCAGCUGCAGCCUCUUUGAGACCGCGCAGCUGUUUUCUCAGUAGCAAGGCCUCAAAGAGAUAGGAGCUCACCUCCUCCUCGGUGUAACCCACUGCCAAGGCCCACUAUGCCACAAAGCCCCUUUGCUUUGAAGGUUUGCACAGGGACUCCCCCCCCCAUGUCAUCGAGCAGGGAAGUAAGUUGAGGCAGCUGCCAGUCAGAAGGUGGCAGACUCCCUCUUGGUUGCGUUGCUGCUGUUGCUGGAAUUCCAAAGUGACCCUAGAAAUCAGAUGGGGGCAGAAGGGCCACCGGCCCCACAUGGCACAGUGGGGCCUCCCUGACCACAGGGUCAUGCCGGCCACUGUCCAUGCGCUGACGGAAAAGGGUCUCCGGUGCACCUCGACCCCUGGGGACCGGCCAGCUCCCACCGGUCCUCCCUCCCCGCCCCAGAGCCCCCAGCCCAGCCCCCGCGGAUGCCCUCUCGAGCCCUCCUCCUACACGGACGGAGCUCUCUGCUGCAAGUAUCGGCCAUUUGACUCCGAAAUUUCUGGUGCUAUUUCCACGUUGUAAUGUGAAUACAGGCUUCUUUGAUCUGUUUUGCCUGGAGGAUGGGUCGGGCCAGGAGGCACGAGGGGCUGCCUAACCCACAGCACCGGGGGCCCGAGAAGUCCUUCUCUGGCUCCAGCCCCACGGUCAGGUCGGAGCAGCCACGUGGGACCCUCAAGGCCGGGGGUGGCACUGCCACUGGUCCAGGGGGCAUCUCCUGCACUGACACGACCCAGGGGUCGGCACCACGUCCUCUUGCAGGAUGCUGUCCUCCCGGGGCAGGAGGGAAGGGCUUCCUUCUGUUCUUGGGUACCGCUGAGGUUUGUGGUUCCUUUUGUUCUGUUUCGUUUUGGGGUUUGGUUUUUUGUUUUUUGUUUUUUUCCAUUUUUACCUUGGAUGCAAUGUGUGUGUCAAGAGUUUUCAUUUUGACCUUUCGAAGGAGACCAAAUCAGGCCCAAACUGCCUUUCUAGAAGGUGUGUGUGCCGCUCAGAGCGCCUCUUUAGUGCUGAUAAAUAAAACCUGGGGGACUCCGAGGUUGUACUGGAAAAA